GCCAAUGACGCGUAUGGAGAGCGCCGCCCACUAGCUCCUAUGAACAGUGAUUCCGCAAUGGAAUCAAACCGGGACGAAGCGGAGCGCUGCAUCGCCAUUGCCCUGCUCGCCCUCAAGAGCCAGAACGCGGAUAAGGCAUUGCGCUUCCUGGAGAAAGCGCAGAAACUGUUCCCGACCAACAAGGCCCGAGAUCUAAUAAACUCCAUCAACAAAAACAGCCAGCAUAGCACGUCUGACAGCACAGAACCUACAAAUCCUCGACUACGGAAGAACACAAGUGACUCAGCCCCUUCUGCUAAUGGAGAUGCUGGCGGAGAAACAAACAAGAGUUACACACCAGACCAGGUCGACUCAGUGAAAAGAAUAAAACAGUGUAAAGACUACUAUGAGAUUUUGGGAGUAACUAGAGAAGCCACAGAAGACGAUCUGAAGAAAGCUUACCGAAAGCUAGCAUUGAAAUUUCACCCAGACAAGAAUCAUGCUCCUGGUGCCACGGAAGCCUUUAAAGCCAUCGGGAAUGCAUACGCAGUGUUAAGCAACGCAGAGAAAAGGAAGCAGUAUGACCAAUUUGGAGAAGAAAAAGUUAGCACCUCACGACAUGGGCACUCUGACUUCCACCGAGGAUUUGAGGCUGACAUCUCUCCAGAAGACCUGUUCAACAUGUUCUUUGGUGGUGGAUUUCCCUCUAGUAAUGUUCAUGUAUACAGUAAUGGAAGAAUGCGUUACACUUACCAACAGAGACAAGACAGACGGGAACACCAAGCAGAGGGCAGCUUUGGGAUGUUCGUUCAGCUGAUGCCUAUUCUAAUCCUCAUCAUAGUAUCUGCCCUCAGUCAGAUGAUGGUGUCCAACCCGCCUUACAGUCUCAGCCAUCGACCGUCUGUGGGUCAUGUAAACAAGAGGGUAACGGAACAUUUGAGGGUUGCUUACUUUGUAUCGGAUACCUUUGAAGAGGAGUACACUGGGACAAACUUGAGGAACGUAGAGAGGAGCGUAGAAGAAGAUUUCAUAGCCAAUCUUAGGAAUAACUGCUGGAAGGAGAAGCAGCAGAAGGAAGGAUUGCUAUACCGGGCACGUUACUUUGGGGACUCCGACCUGUACCAGAAGGCUCAGAGGAUGGGUACUCCUAGCUGUAACCGACUAAAUGAAGUCCAAGCCUCUAUGCAUGGCUAGUUCCUGCAUAGAACAUGGAGUAAGCACAGAUGUUCCAAGUAGCUGGACUCUUUCGGCAAUACACACUGAAUAAAGAGAACGCACGAAAAGAAUACAUCAUAACUCCUUCACUGCCAGAGGGACUUUCAACUCAUUGCUCUCCAAUGUAUUUCCAUCCCCUCUAACAGAGAAUGGAUUCAAACUUAGGAAAUAUCAAUGCACAACUCUUCUGCCAUUAUUUGGCCUAGUUAGAUAUUAGGACGGGAUUUAAAAGCUGCUCGACCUUUUCCCCAAAAUUCCAUCCGCUGCCCAUAGACUGACUUCCCCCUCCCCCCCAUCGAGACCCUUCUAUAUAAGAUGCAACAACCAUUGCAGUUCUGCGGCCGGAUGAAAAUUAUACAUGUUUUUAAAAAAGCUGUGCGUCACGACCAUGGAUCCCCUCAGACAAUGGCCGAAUAUUUGUUUAAACUGUACUAAAAUCAGAAGACUUUUAGAACAAAGAAAAUCCGAAACGUGAGAAAACGAAAAUCUAUUUAGAAUUAAUUUAUAGCUGUAUAUAUAUAUUGUACUUUUAAACAGAAAUAAUUGUGCAGAUGUUGGAUGAAAUCUCUAGCCAAUGUUCUGCAGUGCUAAUUAAACCGUUGUGUGAACCUUCUUUGUGUUGGCAUUGGCCAGGCGCUGAGUCUUUCAUAUUUAAUAUAAUUGCAUCUGACUGAAUAUAUUUAAUAAAUCUAGAGACACUU